CCUCCCUGGCUCAUGCUCUGUCUCUCUCUCUCUCUCUCAAAAAUAAAUAAACUAAAAAAAAAAAAAGAAAGGGCAUUUCAUCGUAUUUGACAAACAGGGCAGUCAGUAAAUACCAACUCCUUCUCCCUUUGUCAUUGCAUUAUAUUCAACAUUUUACAACUUUAAAAUAAUAAAUAGUUAAGCAGCUAGCUAACUAGAGGAAUACAUGAAGGAAUGCAUGAAUGAAUGAAUGGUGCUGGGAAGUGACACCCGCCUCAGUAGCCAAGAAAAGAGUCACACAAGUGAUUUCCUAAGGCCGAAUGUCCACCACUUACUGUGCAAACCUGGGAUGACUGUUUACACGAAGCUGUUAGAAGCAGAGAGGGGUGACGGUAUGAGUAUAGGGAUUUGGAUCCAGUUCUGGGUUGUUUUGUGUCUUAACCACCUUGGGCGGAGAUCAAGUUUGCAGGGGAAGCUCGGUGCCCACUGCCUCUGCCCCAGGUGUCCGGGUCCCUUCCCCCAUCAGAUUACUUGAUCACAGGCCAUCUAGAGAUCUUGGGGCCCCACACUGAGCCAGGAAGGAAGACAAAUGUGGGAGGGUUGGGGACGAGGGGGUUUCCUUCUAAGGGCUGGGUAGAGUCACCCGACAGCCUACAGGGCAGGGGCAUCUCAGAACUGAGUGAAUUGUAGCCAUGGCUGAAGCCAGGAACUUCCCAAACCCCAAUGAGAUUACCGCAUUGAGAGCCAAACUCCCCCCGCAGCCGGCGAACACUGGUCGAUGGGGACAGACGUCCAAGGAUAAGACCUGGAGAUAUCUCUGCCUGGCUGUGUCCCUGAUCCUGCUUCUCAUGCUCAUUAUCCUCUGUGUGGUUCUGCCCAAAGUCUUGAAGAGGACACAGCAGGUGCAGAAGGAAGUCAUUCAACUGAAUGAAAAAGUGAUGCAGGGACUGGGGCAUGCCAGGCACGACCUGGACUUCAUUCGGGGUGAAAUGUUCCGGCAAAUGAAGGCUGUACUGGCAGGCAAUGAAUCCUCAUGUGAGCCUUGCCCCCUGGACUGGAAGGUCUUUCAGGGCUCCUGCUACUUUUUCUCCCUGGACAACCUCACCUGGACCCAGGCUAAUGACUCUUGUGCCCAGAAGCAAGCUCACCUGGUUAUCAUCAACAGCCGAGCAGAACAGGACUUCCUGACAUCAACUGAGCAGGUGACAUCCUGGGUAGGCCUCUUCAAAGGGGGCCAGAAAGGAAACCUCAGGUGGAUGGAUGGCUCAACCCCCACCUACACUAACUGGGAGUCCAAGAAGCUACAUGAUAAUGGAACUGCCCCCGCCUGCAUGAUGAUACACAACCAUGGAUACUGGAGCAACUUCUCUUGUGAAUCAGGGAGAUUUGCUUUCAUUUGUGAGAGGCGACAGAACUGCUAACCAAGCCCUUAUACUGCACUUCCUGGGACUGACGCAGAACCCUUGAUAUACAGCCUCAAGCCCUAUCCCUGCCUUCUCUGGGGUCUGAGUUCACAGAGGCAACAAUAGAGGACAUUUCUCCAAAGCCUAGUGUCCUUUUCUUGGCAUUGGGCUUGCUCACCCUUUAUUUCCUUUCCCGAUUUCUGCUGAGUGGAAUGUUCCAGAAGCAGUCCUGGGCCCAUCCCUGCAGGAGAAUGAUAAUUCUUAACUUCCAUUAAAUCCAGGCUUGGCCACGAUCUUGCUUGAGCCAAUGAAAUGUGAUGGGAAUUGACAUGUGCCACGUUAAGCAGGAAUCUUAAGAGCCUUGUGUGGUUCUUCCAUCUUCAUUUUGCCCUUGUCAGAAGACCACCUCUUCCUAGAAAGGACAGCUCCUUCAAAUAUGGUCCUGCAGUGAAGAAGACCCCCUUCAGGCAGAGCUUCUGCUGACCCAUAAGCAUGACCAAGAAGUGAAUUUUUUUGUGGUUAUUGGCCACUAAGAUUUUGAGGUCACCAGUUGUUACCGCAGCAUACUGAACUUAUGCUGACUGAUACAGGGGACAAAGUUCCAUUUCAUAAAACCCCAAGAUCUAGGGCUUUCUUUUAACACAAAAAGCCUAAAGCUUGUGGAUACGGGGUGAUUGGGUCCCUCACAUUCAUUCAACAUUACCAUUACCUCAGCCAGCCUCUCCAUCUUCCUCUUCAGCAUCUCCCUCCAGGCCAGUCUCCUCUCUGGUUCCCAGUGAGAUUGUUCUAAGACAUCUCCAAAGCCCCUUCACCAUCUGGCCACUUCCCUUUCUUCACGCCCUUCACACCUCCAUGUGUUUGCUCUUGUAGUUUUCUUUGCCUGGAAUGCUCCCUGCCCCUGGCUUCCUGUGGGACAUUUCCUCAUCCUUCACUGGGCCCAAAUCAACUGGUACCAUCUGCAUGGGCUACUCAAGAGCCUGACUCUUGCUUUCCUAUCAGAGACCUUUAUUAACGUUGUGAUUAUGAUUUACGUUGUACAAUGCAGUGGAUUCUUAACCCAUUAAAAAAAAUCCUUCAAUCCCUUAA